UUCAGUAUAAACCCUAGAUUCUACAAUGUCUGAUGGUUACAAUGUUCAUGUGUUACCAUGUUUGAUAAAGCAGCCUGGUGAUGCUGAUAUUCAGGGUGGCUUUACCGACAAUAUCAUAUCUUUGGAUUCAGUCAGUCCAGAAACGCCACUAGGUGGUUUAAGUAUAUCUGACAUAUGUGGAUCUGUAUCGCGUGACGUUAAUUUCGGGGUAUCUGGCACUGAACGUCUGAGUUGUGACGUAUAUUCAUCGCAAUAUGGCUCCGACCCUUUUUUGGGUAAGGAGCGUUUAUGUACAUUUCUUCGUGGUCGUUGUUUACGUGGCAGCAAGUUGAAUUUUGAUGCUAUUGGCUGUCGUAUGUCUAUGGUUGAGGUUUGUAAUUCCACUCGUCAACGGAAUGCGUCAUCUCGUAGUGGCCUUACACCAUCUUAUACUCUUGGGGAAUUAGGUCCUGUGGAAUCAUUUACUGUCUGGGACCGUGAUAGUGACAUAAGUCCAUUGUCUCCAUGUCUUGAGGGAUACAAGCACAUCGCGGUAGCUCGAGCUCUGAGUGACUACUCUGGUGAGCGUGACUACGUGGAGGGAUAUCGUCCUGAGGCAGAAACUUCUGCAGCAUCAUCUCCGUUGCCUGGUCAAGGGGCUCCUCAUUGAUUCUUAGUUU